AUGCCUAGCGACUACGCCCUGAAACGCUCCCACAGCCAGGAGACCGUGAUAAUCCAUGCCGCCGACCUGUAUCUCCUGGACCAAUGGAGAAUUGACCGUGCCAUCUCCGACGAUACACAGCGCUCGGCGAUUCUUAGCAAGUGGCUAGAGCUUGGGUCGCGUGGCCGUAUGCCGUAUAUAGAGCGACUCAAGGAGAUAUCUCUCAGCAAAGAUGAUAUCAUAGGAGACGAGAAGAAUCUCCUCGCUCGGGUCCGUAGUGCGUCGGACCGCCAGGGAGUUAGCUAUACACGUCUCGUACGCACUUUCUACGGCGAAGGCUCGGAAGAAAACCUGGCCGAGCUGAUUUCCGAGGCUGAGUACGACGGAACAGUCUUCGACGAUGCCGCACUUUACGAUGCGGGAUCCAACGACGGUUUACAGUCGCUGCAUAAUAUCCUAACCCGUAUCCCGCAAAUCGUCGAGGAGACACCAGGGUUUGCUGCUUGGUACAAUAAGAGGAAGCGGAAAACACGAGACGAGGCUAUCGAGGCUUGUAUGGACAAUUUUGAUUAUGCUCUAUCGAUGGUUCACCUAGCGGCCAAAUGGAGCCAUGUGCUGAUCUAUGACAAGGAGGCAAACUAUGCGCCGGGGAACGUACUACUUGUGUAUAUCGACGACCGCGGCCGUGUUCUACGUUACUCCCGGUUGGACGGCGCUGAGGACAUGCAGGCCGCCGAUGGGAUGCUAUGCUCGGGCCAGGAUUUCAUGCACGCCUGGUGGGAGGGCGGCCGAUACGGCGAGGACUGGAAGCCCCACCAACUUUCUAAGCGAUGGGACGAGGUUGAUCAUGAAACACCUGCGUUAGAGGCCUGA